CCUCGUCACCACUCUAAACCGCUUCACGGGACCUCUUAAAACGCACUUUUGGCAAUUCACAAUUACUUUCUCUUCCUCAUCUCAUCCCAAAGACACUUUCGUACAGCACAUCAACAACCACAAUGUCCUACGCUUCCGUUGCUAGCCAUAACAUCCCCUUUGGCGAGAUGCCCGAACCAGACCAGUCUCUCUCUGAGAACCCUCCUCCUGUCGCCGAGGCCGUUGCUCCCGAGGACCCUCUCGCCUCUGAGCUGCCUACUUCAGUGGAGCUUCACCCCCCCCCUGAGCCUGAGCCCUCUGUCUCAGACGUGGCUCCUAAGCCCCUCUCUCCUCCCCCAAAGAGUAGUGUACAGCUUCCAGAGAGUGGCGCUGAAUGGGAAAAGAAGAAGGGCAAGGCAGGACAAGAAACCAACAAGAAGGCUCAAGAAGUAAAGAAGGGUGCCAAAGAACUCAAGAAGGAGGCCAGGGCCGAGCUAAACAAGGCCGAGUCUAACUUGGCUCCUUACUGGGAGAAGACCAAGGACGUUGUUCUUCGACCCGGCACUCUUGGUGGUCUUGUGGGUGUUGUCAAUGUCGGCAUCUUGGGUACUAUUGGUUACUUUGCCUACACCAAGCGAAACCAACGUUGGGAUAACCGAAUCAUCGGUGGGACCAUUGCGAGUACUCUUGCCCUCUUUGGUGCCGAGGGCUACCUUGCCGAAUCUUAUCUCUCUACACCUGAAGGCCGUGCCGAGGCCGAUCGAGCAAAAGCUGAGGGCUCCAAGUUCUAUCUCCAAGCCAAGGAGGUUAUUCUCCGUCCAAAGGUUGCCGGUGGCCUUGUUGGUGCUUUGAACGUUGCGGUACUCGGUUCAGUUGGUUAUUUCAGCUACAAGAACUGGAACAAGAUUUGGGACCCUAGGAUUGUUUUGGGGGUGGCCGCUGGUCUUGUUGGGUUGAGUGGUGUUGAGGGUUAUGCGGGCAAGCGUUACGCGGACGAGCACUAGACGGAGUGAUCUGAAGAGAGAAGAAGGUUUGAGAUGUCAUAGGUAGCCACAACUGUUUGUAUGUGUAAUGCUAGUUUGAUCACUCUCAGUCGGUCGUCCUUGCUCCAUUCUCUUCGGGAUGUUUUCAAGUGACCCUUGCAAACAAUAAUGAUUGCAUGGAACAUAUUACAGGAU